AUGACCACCCACGACCACACUCUCUUCACAACAGUCCCAUACACCGAAAUCCCCUUCCUAGAUCACAACCACGAUGGCCACGACCUCGAUCUCUCGCUCAGUGACGUGUUCGCCCCCGGAAUGCUCGAGCACUGGGACCUGGACCUGGACCUGGCGGGAAAACCGGCGGGAGAAUUCCCCGUGCCGAGUGACUUUGGGUUUAAUUAUCCGGUGGAUUUGGUGGAGCUGGGAUGUGCAUUUGGGGAGGGGGAAGUUGGCCAAACACAAGAACCCGGUACAACAGCAUUAAGCACGCUCCUCCGCUCAACCUCCUACCAAGCCACCCAGCGAGCCCUGUACAUGACCACGUCCACGCCAACAUCCACAACACCAACACCAACCACCCCGAACGAAGGUCCCCACUACAACAACAACAAUCACAACAAUAACGCAAUCUACUCUCCCAGCUCCCCAACAAGCACGCAUAACCCCUCCGACACAAUCUCCCUCUCCAACAGCGACACCGAGAGCAUAUCCUUCGGACCGCGCACGCCGCCCUCACACAGCUACACGCCGACAUACACAUUCAACACGGAGUACAGUCACUCCCCGAAUCAAAAAAAGCGCAAAGCAGACACAGGGCUCCACCACACAUACAAUUACCCAGAAUCGGGCGAAGACUUCGCACUCGGCGUUUUACCCGAAGACGCUGUCUUCUUCUACCCUACCCAUACCACACCUAUCACACCUACUACUAGUGGUGCUAGUGGCAGUGGACACCACAACCCGAAACGCCGACGUUCUUCCGUGGAAGCGCAUUCUCCAUACCAAGAACUAGACCCGGAACCACAACAACCACAGCCACAACCCGAGGAGCAACAAGCAGAAUCACAACCACAACCCGAGCAGGAUAUUUUCACACCCCUAGAAAUGCCCGACGGCAGCACGCGCUUCACCUCCAACUGGUUGCCCGUGGACCCGUCCGGCGGAUUCACUAUUUGUCCUGAUCCGUUGGCGGGGGCUUUGGGGGAGGCGUUUGUGAGUGUGGGUGGGUGA